AUGGCGUCAGUCUCAGCCCCAUCCGCAUCGACAUCUGGCAUCCACCAAGUCUCACCCGAAGUGCAAAUUGCCUACACCAUCUACCACGCUCAAACGAACUCGCAACCCCAACCCACACCUAAACCGACCAUCAUCUUCGUCAACGGCCUAGCAGACCCCAAGGAAUCAUGGGCGGCACAAAUCCCCGCCCUCACAAGCGCGGGCUACGCCGUCCUCACAUACGACAACCGAGGACUCGGGGGCUCCUCACGGCCCUCGGGCCCCUCGGAAGUGUACACGACGAUGCUGAUGGCGUCGGACCUGGCGUCACUGCUCACCAACAAGAACCUUAACAUCACGGGCGCCGUGCACAUCCUCGGCGUGUCGAUGGGCGGCAUGAUCGCGCAGAGCUUCACGCUCGAGCACGUACUGCCGCAGCGCCUGCCCGCCGCCAUCAAUGUCUUGAGCAUCACCUUCGCCUGCACGUACGCCUUCCCCGGCCCGUUCUGCACUCGCAUGUUCGAGUUCUGGCGCGAUGUCGCGACAAACAUGUCUGUCGGGACCGUGCUGCGCGAUACCCUGCUGUGGUGUUUCAGUCCCGAGUACUGGGGCGAUGCGGCGCGGCAGGGCGAGAUCAAGGCGCUCGAUGAUGAUUUGAAGACUGUGGACGACAUCGACGCGGGCGGGAUGGGUCUGAAUGCGUACCUGGCGCAGUUGAAUGCCAUCCUGGUGUUUGAUUCGAGAGUGGAGAUCGGGAAGCUGGCGGCAUUGAAGAGCCAGGGAGGACCGAAGAUUGUCGUGCUUGCUGGCGAAGAUGAUAUCUUGAUCCCCGUGUCGCUGUCGCGCGAGUUGUGUGGCUUGAUUCCUGGAGCGACGUGGCGCACGACAAGAGGGGGUCAUGCUUGCAAUUGGGAGUUUCCGGACGAGUUCAAUCAGACCUGUUUGGAGAUGUGGAAGGAGAUAGAGGAUGGACGGUGA